AUGCAACGAAUAUGCAUCCUCAGUAGUAGAGCCCGACAUCCACCCCUCUCUCUCUCCAGGGGCGUCCUUCGGCGCCUGUCCACAUUCACACCCUCCUACGAGUACAAGAAUGUGCCGGCCUUGACAGCGCCCCAGCUUCUCAAAGUCUACAGCCAGCUCUCGAAGUCGCGGCUGAGCCUGCUCGUUGUGUUGACCGCGAUGUCGGGCGUCGCCCUCUCGCCCCUCCCCGCGACCAUUCCCACCCUCCUCGCGACGGCAGCCGGGACCGCCCUCUGCUCCGCCUCCGCGAACGCACUGAACCAGCUGCAAGAGGUGCCAUUCGAUGCGCAGAUGGCCCGGACGAGGAACCGCCCGCUGGUGCGCCGCGCGAUCACACCGCUCCACGCCGCGGGCUUCGCGCUGGCCACGGGCGUGUCGGGGCCCCUCCUCCUGUUGACGAUGACGAACCCGACGACCGCCGCGCUCGGCGCGUUCAACAUCUGGCUCUACGCGGGAGCCUACACAUGGAUGAAGCGCAAGUCGAUAUACAACACCUGGCUGGGGUCAGUUGUAGGUGCUAUCCCACCCGUGAUGGGAUGGACGGCCUGCGGGGGCCAUAUCCUCCCGUCGGCCGCGUACCCGGUACACCUGUUCCUCCCGUCCUUCCUGUCCUCCUCCCCCGCCCCCGUGGACCUGGCGCUGGUCGACAACCCGCUCGGCGCGUUCGCGCUGUUCAUGCUGCUGUACAGCUGGCAGUUCCCGCACUUCUUCGGCCUCGCGCACCUCGUCCGCGCCUCCUACGCCCAGGCCGGCUUCCGCAUGCUGUCCGUGACGUCCCCGCCCAAGGCUGCGCUCGUGUCCAUCCGCCACGCGCUGCUCCUCAUCCCCGUCUGCUCCGUCCUGAUGCCGAUAUCCGGGCUCACCACCUGGGCGUUCGCCGUGACGUCGCUCGUGCCGAAUCUCAUCUGCGCGCGCGCGGCGUGGCUUUUCCUUCGGGUGGGCGGGGAGAAGGAGGCCCGGGUCCUGUUCAGGAACUACUUGUGGUACCUGCCCGUCGUCAUGGCCCUCAUGAUGCUGCAUAAGCAGGGCCUCCAGUGGGGCCGGUGGUUGGGCCUCGAGGCGGACGAGGAAAAGAAGGAACUUGACAAGGCGCUUUGA